CUUGAGGAGAGGCUGGGUGCCGGGCUGGCGUCACCAGGACAACGGGCGUCGCCGGCGCCUUGUGACUCCGGGCUGUGGGCGCGCUUGCGGCUUUUCGGCCAUGGUUUUCUCAAACAGUGAUGAAGGCCUUAUUAACAAGAAGUUGCCCAAAGAACUUCUUCUAAGAAUAUUUUCCUUCUUGGAUAUAGUAACUUUGUGCCGAUGUGCACAGAUUUCCAAGGCUUGGAACAUCUUAGCCCUGGAUGGAAGCAACUGGCAAAGAAUAGAUCUUUUUAACUUUCAAACAGAUGUAGAGGGUCGAGUGGUGGAAAACAUCUCCAAGCGAUGCGGAGGGUUCCUCAGGAAGCUGAGCCUGCGGGGCUGCAUUGGUGUUGGGGACUCCUCCUUGAAGACCUUUGCACAGAACUGUCGAAACAUUGAACAUUUAAACCUCAAUGGUUGCAUAAAAAUCACUGACAGCACGUGUUACAGCCUUAGCAGAUUCUGUUCCAAGUUGAAACACCUGGAUCUCACCUCCUGUGUGUCUAUUACCAACAGCUCCUUAAAGGGUAUCAGCGAGGGCUGCCGGAAUCUGGAGUACCUGAACCUCUCCUGGUGUGACCAGAUAACGAAGGAUGGCAUUGAGGCGCUGGUGCGGGGGUGCCGAGGCCUGAAAGCCCUGCUCCUGAGGGGCUGCACACAGUUAGAAGAUGAAGCUCUGAAACACAUUCAGAACUACUGCCAUGAGCUCGUAAGCCUCAACCUGCAGUCUUGCUCACGUAUCACUGAUGAUGGCGUGGUGCAGAUAUGCAGGGGCUGCCACCGGCUACAGGCUCUGUGCCUCUCAGGUUGUAGCAACCUCACCGAUGCAUCUCUCACAGCCCUGGGCCUGAACUGCCCUAAACUGCAAAUUUUGGAGGCUUCCCGAUGCUCUCAUUUGACUGAUGCAGGCUUUACACUUUUAGCUCGGAACUGCCAUGACCUGGAGAAGAUGGAUCUUGAGGAGUGCGUCCUGAUAACGGACAGCACACUUAUCCAGCUCUCCAUUCACUGUCCCGAGCUGCAGGCCCUGAGCCUGUCCCACUGUGAGCUCAUCACAGAUGAUGGGAUCCUACACCUGAGCAACAGCACCUGCGGGCACGAGAAGCUUCGAGUGCUGGAGCUAGACAACUGCCUCCUCAUCACGGAUGUUGCCCUGGAGCACCUGGAGAACUGCCGGGGCCUGGAACGACUGGAGCUGUAUGACUGCCAGCAGGUCACCCGUGCAGGCAUCAAGAGGAUGCGGGCUCAGCUUCCUCACGUCAAAGUUCACGCCUACUUUGCUCCAGUCACCCCUCCCCCAGCAGUGGCAGGAAGCGGACAUCGACUAUGCAGGUGCUGUGUCAUUCUCUGACAGCAGCUGCUCAGCCCAAGGGGUGAUGAGAAGACUAGUCUUUUGACUGCUCGACCAUUACCCAAAUCUGUUGACUCUCCAUUGGGAAAGCAUUACAGGUAAAAGACUUCAGUACAGAUUGCAGUAACUCUGGUGAUACCCCUCACCUUUCCUUUGCUGUGAUGCACUCAAAUCAAAGCCUGUGUCAGUUAACUUGUGGCAAGAGUGGUCUGGGGCAACCAAGACCACACAAGAAACCUAGAGCCCUUCAGAGGUGGGUACCUACCUAUCAAGGUACACAAGCCUACCCUUGGCUUUGUCAGCAGUGCUAGCACUGAGCAGGACAAAACAGCCUGUUGGUUUUCUACCUGAUCCUUAAGCCGGUGGCCUACUUUAAUUCACAACGAUUCCAUUUUGAUUAGGACUUUUCCACUUUGAGAACUAAAUAGCACCUUUAUCAAAGUGACUGUACUGCAAACUCAGAACAUCUAAAUAGUUUUAUAUGUAGACACGUGUGUGAAAGGCAUGUUGUUAGAUUUCCAUAAGACACCAAAGAAAUGAGGCCUCUAAGCUGGGUGGAGCAGGAUCUUCACCUUUCUGUUGUAUCAAGUUGUCACAUCCAUCUCUAGGGACCAAAAACUGAACAAAGGCAGCUCUGUUUGAGUUGCCUGAUGGGAAAUUAUAAGCUCUAGCACAUGCUACAGCAUAUAGCGCAUUUUUGUUAAAGGAAAAAAAGCCAAUUAUGUCCACACUUCUCACAAAAUUUGGAGGAACCUUAAAGAAAUACAGAAUUAAGGUUUAAGUUAUAAUCAGUUAAAAUCAAUGAAUGGAUGCAUGUAGAAUGGAUGUGAUUCUUUUUCAAAUUUACUUUAAAUUUUUAGAAAUCAUACCAGAGCUAUUUUAAACCUUAUACAGAUAAAAUUCAGAUAAAGUGUUGGCACCUUUUAAACUCAUAAAAUAAAAAAAUCAAUAAACCAUUAUGAUGCAUAAUA